CCCUCACUUCACAGAUUCACUCUCGUUCCCUCACAUUUCCGCCGACGAUGCCGGCCGCCUCCGACGACUCCCCGGCGACGGCGAUGGAGGUAGACUUAGAACCGCUGCCGGAUGUUACUCGAUCUCUUGGAACGUCUUGCUCGUGUCGAAUGGCUGAUAUCCCUGAUACAUUUCAUUGUGUUCUGCAAGCUGACACUUUGUCCAUACUUAAUAACUCAUCUGGCGAAGUAGUGUGCAUUCCUUUACGGUAUUCUGUUGAGCAUAUAUGGCCUCUUCCUUUUGGUUUGCUCCUGCAGAAAUCGAUGGAAGGGAAUCGGCCUGUCCCGGCUUCGAGUUCGUUGCUGAAUUCGAGGGAUUUAUCUCGUCCUAACAAUAGAGAUCAUGUGAAUAGUCAAUUUUUGUUGAGUAAGGAUGACGAUGCCAAUGUCGCGUCACACUUGAUUCUGAUACAUCCGAUGGAGGAACCUCAGGCAACUUAUUUUGAGGAAAGGGGGAAGUUGAGCGUUAUGAAAGAUUUUGAAGAAAAGACAAUAUGGACCAGUGAUGCUAUGUCUCUGAUGGUAUCAUACCAUAAAGGCAAGACACAACAUUCUGUUUGGUUUGUACAAAUUGUUGGUAACUGUGAAGUAGCCAGUGCUGGAUCAAACUCUGAUGCAAUUCCAACCGAGAUAUGCAAGCGACAAUUUUCUUUUCGGAGGAUAUGGCAGGGAAAAUGUUCCCAUUCUGCUGCCAGUAAGGUGUUCCUUUCAAUUGAUAAUGAUGGGGUCCCAGUCAUUUGUUUUCUACUGCAAGAACAAAAAGUACUUCUAGCUAUCAGACUUCAAGUUGACGAGGGAAAUGAUGGCGUUCCUAUUGAUAUUAGACCUCAUAUGAGUUGGAGUAUUUCUGCAAUUGAUGCUGCUCCAGUCGUUGUUACACGUCCAAGAGUUAAAGUUGGACUUCUACCUUUGACUGACAUUAUUGUCUUGGGUUCUGAUCAGAAUUUUCUCCUCUAUUCUGGAAGACAACGUCUAUGCAAAUUACCAAUUAGUUUGGGGAAGAGCCUUAUUUCACAUAAUGAUCACAGUCAAGAAAUAUCAGAUACCUGCUAUGGCUUGAAGAUUAGAGGGGUAGACAAUGCUGGUGAAGGGAAAAUAAAUGUGGUUGCCAAUAAUGGCCAGGUAUUUAGAUGUGCUCUUCGCAGACAUCCAUCAUCUUCCCUGGCAAAUGACUGCAUUGCAGCAAUGUUUGAGGGGCUGCGUUCAUCUUUCUUUGAGCAUUUUGCUAUUCUUUUGUGGGGAGAUGGUGAAUCUGAUUAUUUAUCUGAUAUUCAUUCCCAUGUUGAUUCCGACUGGGAGUCCUUUAGUGCUGCAAUAAUGAAGAUUUGUAAACGAUAUUCCUCUUCUCCUGAUCAUUCUUCAAGAUCAGCUGAAACUGCUUGGAAUUUUUUGACAAAUAGCAAGUUUAACAUUGAUUACUGCAAACAUACUUCAUUUGUUGCUGUUUCUCUUCCAAGUGGUAUAUCUUCUCCAGGAUACAAUUGUUCUGGCUCCUACUUAGCGAAUGAACAAAACAGUGAUGUGUCAUUUUAUGGUCAGCUCCUUAGGGAAUCUUUGGAAUCUUUGCAUGCUGUCUAUGAAAGCUUAAAGCUUGAUAACCUGCGCAAACGAGAUCUAGAAAACCUUUCUGUUUUGUUAUGUAAUAUUGCUACUGCUUUGGGCGAGAUGAACUAUGUUGACCAUUAUAUUCGUGACUUCCCUUGUAUCAAAAGUGAAGUUCAUUCAUUUUGUUCUGUUGCUGCGCCAAGAACUCCACCUUGCCUUUUUCAGUGGCUUGAAAAAUGUCUGCGUCUGGGUUAUAAUUCUGCUGAUUUAAGAGACAUACCUUUUCUAGUAUGUAAAAGCAAAUGUCAGAUCAUAAGCUGGGCUCGAAAAGUAGUUGCUUUCUAUAGUCUUCUGUUAGGAGCUGAAAGGAUUGGCAAAAAGCUCUCUUCUGGGGUAUAUUGUGAUAUUGCUAAGGGAUCGGCCAGCACACCAGAGGAACUAACUAUAUUGGCUAUGGUUGCUGAAGAAUUUGGACGCAAGCAUCUGGACUUACUGCCUAUUGGUGUUUCUCUUCCUCUACGUCAUGCACUAGACAAAUGCCGAGAAUGUCCUCCAACAGACUGGCCUCCCGCUGCUUAUGUUCUUGUCGGGAGAGAGGAAUUAGCAAUGACAAUUUUACAUUCCUUCAAAGGGCAACACUGUUCUCAAAAUAAUGCAAACUUAGUCUCUAUGUCAGUACCAUACAUGCUUCAUUUGCAGCCAGUUACUACAUCUUCAUCAUCUUUUGAGGAAGGAGAAUUCCCUGGUGAUGGUAUGGAGCAUAUCUUCAACUCAAGCACUCAACUGCGGUAUGGCUGUGAUCUUCGGUUGAACGAGGCUAGACGCCUCUUGUGCUCUGCCAGUCCUGUGGCUAUUCAAACAUCUGUUAGUCCUAGCACCUCCGAUCAGGACCUCCAACAGCAUCAACUGUGGAAUCUUGCUCAGAGAACUACUGCUCUUCCUUUUGGCCGAGGAGCAUUUACCUUAGCUACGACAUAUACACUUUUGACUGAGGCACUUGUUAUCCCGAAUCUUGUUUUGGCAGGAAGACUCCCUGCGCAAAAGAAUGCAAUGGUUAAUUUGGAUCCAAAUGUACGAAAUAUUUCAGAACUGAGAUCCUGGCCAGAAUUCCACAAUGGUGUAGCUGCUGGUUUGAGGCUCGCGCCCUUUCAGGAGAAAAUGUCAAGGACAUGGAUAAUAUAUAAUGAUCCAGCAGAACCAAAUUUUACCCAUGCGGGACUACUACUGGCAUUAGGUUUGCAUGAACAUUUGUCUGUUCUUUCAAUUACUGAUGUGUACCGUUACCUCUCCCAGGAACAUGAUACUACUACAGUUGCAUUAUUGCUUGGGAUGGCAGCAUCUCAUAGAGGAACAAUGGAUCCAGCAGUGUCAAAGAUGCUGUACCUUCAUAUUCCUUAUGGACAUCCCACGUCCUUUCCAGAACUGGAGUUACCAACACUUUUACAGUCCACUGCACUAAUGGCUAUUGGGCUUCUUUAUGAAGGAUCAGCACAUCCAUUAACUAUGAAGAUUCUUUUGCGUGAGAUUGGCCGCAGAAGUACUGGAGAUAAUGUACUUGAAAGGGAAGGCUAUGCUGUUGCUGCAGGAUGUGCUUUGGGACUUGUUGCAUUAGGCCGAGGCAAGGACGCAUUUGGUUCCAUGGAAAAUUUUGUGGAUCGGCUUUUCCAAUAUGCUGGUGGCAAAGAAGUUUACCAUGAGAGAUCCUUGCACAUAGGACGGUCGAUGAAUGAUCACAACCGAAAUAUGGGGCAGAUGAUGGAUGGAACACAGAUCAAUGUAGAUGUAACUGCACCUGGAGCAACAAUUGCACUAGCUCUAAUAUUUUUGAAGACCGAAUCAGAAGUAACAUCAUCUAGAAUUUAUAUUCCUCUCACCCAUUUUGAUUUACAAUAUGUGAGGCCGGACUUUAUCAUGCUUCGUAUCAUUGCCCGGAAUUUGAUUAUGUGGAACAGGGUAUGUCCAUCUAGAGAGUGGGUUGAAUCUCAAAUUCCAGAAUUUGUGAAGGUUGGGAUUUUUAAAGUUGGCGAUGCGGCAAACGAUAAUGAUGACUUUGACCCAGAAGCUCUUAUUAAGGCAUACGUUAAUAUAGUUGUUGGAGCCUGCAUCUCUCUGGGGUUGAAGUACGCUGGCACAAAAAAUGGUGAUGCCCAAGAGCUGCUUUACAACUAUGCCAUCUACUUUCUAAAUGAGAUAAAGCAUAUCUCUGCUGCUUCUAAGAAUGAUUUACCAAAGGGAUUAUUGGAGUAUGUGGAUCGUGGCACCCUGGAGACAUGCCUUCAUCUCGUUGUUCUUUCACUCUCUCUGGUUAUGGCUGGCUCUGGUCAUCUGCAAACAUUUCGAUUACUGAGAUACCUUCGAGGUCGAAGUUCUGCGGAAGGGAACAUAAAUUAUGGUAUACAGAUGGCUGUAAGCUUGGCUGUUGGGUUCUUGUUUCUUGGGGGAGGAAUGCAAACAUUUUCAACCAGGAACAGUGCAAUUGCUGCACUGUUAAUUACUAUCUACCCUCGUUUUCCUACUGGACCAAAUGACAAUCGUUGCCACCUUCAGGCAUUCAGGCAUCUAUAUGUUAUAGCUGCAGAAUCUCGUUGGGUACAAACAAUAGAUGUUGACACGGGCUUGCCAGUUUAUGCACCCCUUGAGGUGACUAUCAAAGAAACAGAUCAUUAUGCUGAGACUAGCUUUUGCGAAGUGACUCCCUGCAUUCUGCCAGAGCGGUCAGUGCUGAAGAGCGUUCGUGUUUGUGGACCAAGAUAUUGGCCUCAGGUCAUACCGCUUGUGCCUGAAGAUAAUCGUUGGUGGAGACCUGGAGACAAGAAUGACCCUUUUACUGGUGGUCGACUGUAUAUAAAGCGAAAAGUUGGAUCUUGUUCAUAUGUGGAUGACCCAAAUGGAUGCCAAUCUUUACUCUCCCAGGCCAUGCACAAGAUUCUUUAUAGGUCAUCCCUGUCUCAUGCUGCCAUGAGAGCUGGCAAGAAGUCAGAACCUGAUCUAUUUAAAAUUGAGCAGUUGGUCAGUACCUUUUCUGCUGAUCCGAGCUUAAUAGCUUUUUCACAGCUUUGCUGUGGUCCUGCCUUGGAUGAAAGAUUAGAUUCCAAUUUUCAGGAGUUUUGUUCACAAGUACUAUUUGAGUGUGUUAGCAAAGAUAGGCCAGCUCUUCUGCAGGUCUACCUUUCAUUGUACACAAUUAUUGGUUCAAUGUGGGAGCAAGUGAAUAGCAGUCAUCUCAUUUUUCAUGAUUCCUGUUUCCUUUCAAGUUUGAAGCUUGCAUUAGCCUAUAACGAGGCUGUAAUGAGUGGCAAACUUACCUCAACGAAGGGAGGUAUAGUUCAGUCUACAUUCGUAGAAUCUCUCAGGAGGCACGUUCAAGAGAUUUUGGCAUCUCCUGAGAAGCUCAAAGUUGACUUCUUCAAUUAUUUGACUUCAGGGGAGUGGCCCAAAGGAGAAAAGGUGGAUUCUAUGCUUCUCGCUUGGUAUCUUCAAUGGUAUAAUGUACCCCCUUCACAUGUCAUAAACUCAGCAAUUAAAAAGAUAAAUGAAAAAAUUACGGUGCCCACCUCUGUGGUUCCUCUACUGCGCUUGUUUUUGCCCGAAACUCAUGUCAGAGCACUUACUGAAAUUGACAAAUUCCUGGUUUCAUCAAGAUGCUAAAACCUUGAGAUAUCAAGAGUGAGAAAAAGUAACGACAACAUGGCUUCCUUCUCUUUUCUGCAGUUCUUCGAGAGAGAUUGCAUGUAUUAUCAUGGUCCCACUCGAUACAUGAGGUUAUGAGUGCAGCUGGCAUUAUUAUUUAUGCUUGCCGGAGUUGUGCCUAAUUGACUUUCCAGUGUAAAUAUAUUAAUGUAAUCAGCGUGUACGGGUUAUAAUAACUCUAUAAAUCUUUAAAUAUUCAAAUGAUAACAGUUCUGUCUUUUGAUUAUUUAUAGAAUUGUACUAAAAAAUGUCUUUAAUUUUGUGUAACGUAAAUUUUAAUUUUGUAUUAGACCAUUCAUCAAUUACUUUCCAGUGUAAGUUAUGAUGGCGAAAGUUGCAUACUGUUGAGUGACAGGAGUUCUGUAGUCAGGAUGAAUGUCUAUAACUAUUUAUUUUGAGCUUCA